GCGCGCGCACCUCCACUGCGCAGUCCCAGCCAAAGUGCGGCGCGUGCAGGCGCAGGAAAACUUUUCCAAAUGGAUUUUCCUCUUGGAAAUUGGCUUUUCUUCUCUCUGUGCCUGCUGAUUACCAGGACUGUAAUAACGUUACAGAGUAACGAAGUGGUGCUUUUGGACAUGAGGAAGGUCGGAGGGGAGCUGGGCUGGUUGACGCUUCCGCUGAAGGAGCCCGGGUGGGAGGUCACCCAAAGAACCCUUAACGGUUCUCAGUUCUACACCUACUCAGUCUGCAAUGUUGAGGAACGUGAGCAGGACAACUGGCUGCGUACCACCUUCAUCCAGCGAGGUGCAUCGGUCUCUCGGGUUUUUGUUGAAAUUCAGUUUCUUGUCAGAGACUGUAACUCAUUUGAUGGAGGGUCAUUGACGUGCAAGGAAACAUUCAACCUCUUCAUGUCCGAGUCGGACGCAGACGUCGGUAUGACCUUCCGCAAGGGCCAGUUCAAGAAGGUGGCCACCGUUGCCCCGGACAAGAUCAGCGGUAAAGGAGAAAUGAACAUCAACACAGAGACAAAGGUGGUGGAGAGCCUAUCUCGGAAAGGAUUUUACCUGGCGUUUCAAGACAUUGGAGCCUGCGUGGCUCUCCUCUCUGUCCGAGUCUACUACAAAAUCUGCCCAGAAAAGGUCAUGGAGCUCGCUCUGUUCCCCGAAACUGUGGCAAGCCCCGGAUUAAGGAAGGUGAAUGGGAAGUGUGUGGACCACGCUGUCGCCGCGGAACUGCCGCACAGCCACUGCUCUGCGGACGGAGACUGGGUGGUGCAAGUAGGACGAUGUCUGUGCCAAGCAGGUUAUGAGAAGGUGAAAGACUCGUGUCAAGGGUGUCAGCCAGGCUUCUUCAAGGCUGAAGCCUCCAACAGAUCGUGCGAGGCUUGCCCUGCCAACUCUCAGGCUCUGGUCUCUGGAGCCCAGUUUUGCUUCUGCAAGGAUGGAUUUUAUCGAGCACCAACAGAUCUGCGCACAGGGCCCUGCACAGGCCUCCCCUCUGCUCCCCGCGACCUCAUGGCCUCCACCCAGCUCCCGUCAGGGAAACUGCUCCUCUCCUGGAAGCCGCCUGAAGACACUGGAGAUCGGGAGGACAUAACCUAUAAUGUGGAGUGCCAGCGCUGUGACGGUCCUGUCUGUCAAACCUGCGGAGAGAAGAUCCGCUACGAGCCUGGCAGCGUGGGCCUCACCGACACCAAGGUGCUAGUGAGCCAGCUGGAUGCACACCUGAACUACACCUUCACUGUGGAGGCUCUUAGUGGUGUAUCUCAGGUUCUUGAGGAGGAAAUGCCAUCUUCCACCUCCAUCACUACAUCUGUGCUCUUCACAGAUCCCCCAAAACCUAUAAGCAUACAACUGGUUGAACAGACUCCCACCAGUUUGUCCCUUUCCUGGGAUGUCUCCCCUCGUUCUCAGCCAACCAGCUAUGAACUUACCUACCGCAAGAAGGACGAUAAUCUGGAUAAAACGACCUACAUUUGGCUUAAAUUGGAGAAAAACUACGCUCAGAUCAAGGAUCUGGCCCCGGCUACUGCCUAUCUCUUCAGGGUUCAGGCUCUCAGCAGUGAUGGCAGCCACGGAGGCUUCAGCCAGGAGGAACAGUUCGAGACCUUGUCUGAAGAACACCAUAGCAAGACAGCAGUUAUCCUGGCUGCUGCGGCGGGAGGAGCCAGCAUGUUGAUCCUUGUGCUUGUGGUUCUGUUUGUGCGCAGACGGAGAAGAAAUUCUCACAGGCAGAGACAAGACGACACUUACUUUUCCACCCCAGAGCAGUUAAAGCCGCUGAAGACGUACGUGGAUCCACACACAUACGAGGACCCCAACGUAGCUGUGCUGAAGUUUGCCACAGAAAUCCCCCCCAGCCAUGUAACAAAACAGAAAGUCAUUGGAGCUGGAGAAUUUGGAGAGGUGUACAAAGGAAUUUUAAAGGCUCCAGGGAAGAAGGAGUUUGCAGUAGCUAUCAAGACGCUGAAGUCCGGAUACUCUGAGAAGCAGAGGCAGGAUUUCCUGAGCGAGGCCUCGAUCAUGGGCCAGUUCUCCCAUCAGAACAUCAUCCGUCUGGAGGGCGUGGUUACCAAAUUUAAACAUGCUAUGAUAGUGACUGAAUACGUGGAGAAUGGAGCACUGGACAAAUACCUGAGGAACCACGAUGGAGAGUUUUCCUCCUUCCAGCUGGUGGGCAUGCUGCGUGGAAUCGCAGCUGGCAUGAAGUACCUCUCAGACAUGAGUUACGUUCACCGGGACCUGGCUGCUCGCAACAUCCUGGUCAACAACAACCUGGAGUGCAAAGUGUCUGAUUUCGGCCUGUCCCGAGUGCUGGAAGAUGAUCCUGAGGGGACAUAUACCACAAGUGGAGGUAAAAUUCCCAUUCGCUGGACGGCUCCAGAGGCAAUAGCCUACAGGAAGUUUACUUCAGCAAGUGAUGUUUGGAGUUUUGGCAUCGUCAUGUGGGAAGUCAUGGCGUUUGGAGAAAGACCCUACUGGGAUAUGAGUAACCACGAGGUGAUGAAGGCUAUCAAUGAGGCUUUCAGGCUGCCUGCACCCAUGGACUGCCCUUCAACUGUCUACCAGUUGAUGCUGCAGUGCUGGCUGCAGGAUCGGUCAAAGAGGCCGCGCUUCGGAGACAUCGUAAGCCUGCUGGACAAGUUGGUGCGCAGCCCCGACUCCCUGAAGACCAUUGCAGACUUUGAUCCACGCAUUUCAAUCCGUCUGCCAAGCACCAGCGGCUCGGACGGUUCUCCCUUCAGGUCCGUGUCCGAAUGGCUGGAGUCCAUUAAAAUGAACCAGUACAUUGACAACUUCACAUCUGCUGGGAUACUCACCAUGGACCAGGUCUUGCAGAUGAAGAAUGAGGACGUCAAGAACAUUGGCGUGAGGCUCCCCGGCCAUCUAAAGAGAAUCGCUUACAGCAUCUUGGGUUUAAAGGACCAGACAAGCACCCUGAGUGUGUUUGCAGUGUAAUCCCAGCAAGGAGGACAAUCCAGACCAGCCGCUGCAGCUGGCAGCCUUUUUUACUCUUAGCUUUGCUCAAGCUGCAGGAAUGGUUUUGAAACUGCUCUUUUUUCCCAUUGAAUUGAUCCAAUAGUCUGUAUAUUUAAAUAUCUAUUUUUUUAUUGUACAUGCCUUGUUUUGGAUAUAUCCCAAUGCUAGAAUAGGAGGAUUUUCAUCUUUUCCUUUCAUCAUCAACCUUUUGUAACCUGCUUCAGCUUUGCACCAGGAAUCCAGUGUCCUGUUUCUGCAGAAAACGUACGAGGGAUGAUGAUAUUUACAGAUUCCUUUG